UCUUGUUGAAGUUUAAAGAAAUAUUUGAAAUUUUGAGACCCUUUUCUGCAUUCUCUCCAUGCUAAAUAUGAAGCUCACUCCAGCAGUUGGUUAGUUUAGCUCAGAACGAAGACUGGAAACAGCUAGCAGGGCUCUGUUUGAAGGCAAAGUAUCCUCUGAUGUUCACUAAUUAACACAUUCUAUCUCCUUUGUUGAAACUGUAUUAAAACAGACGUGUAAAGACAUUAAUUCACUGUUUUAAGGGGGGUUACUUGUCUGACUAUUUCUUGGCUGGGAGCAGUUGCUAAGCAACCAGCUGAGACUUAAGAAGUUGCUGGUCCCUGCCAAUGAUCAAUUUUAUUCUCGUUGAAAUAUGUCCUGCUCUUACUGUAACUGGCUGUGUUCUGAAAGGUUUCAAUGGAUAAAUUUUUUUUUAGUAUCAAUCUAAUUUUGUGAAAUCAUCUUUUAUCUAUUAAUUUACUGUAAUUUGUAUUUAGUCCGUCAGUUUUCCAGUCAAGCCAGCUCAAGAUUUCUAGUUACAACAUUCCAAUUACUCUGACUAAUGUUACCUCUGGUCGGGUUGAGGCAUGUUGGAGCAAGUUACCAACUAGGACAGAACAUACAAUAGGCAUUUUUUUUUGGUCACAGCAGACAUUCUGACUUGGCACAACAGGAAGAACACAGGUGUUACUGAUCACAUUAAUGAUGGCUCAGUUGUAUUUAUGUGUCCCGGUAUGCCAAGUGCGACAGAGAGCCAGCCUGCACAACACCCGCUGCCUGGAACUGAAGCAGCUACAUAAAUUCAGCCAUCAUCUGUUUUAAUCUUUACACCUGUGCCACUGAGUCCUGUGAAAAGGUCUAAUUGCCUAACAAGUAAAAACACCCUCCCCACCCGCUCUAAGCACUUACGGUGUAAUAAUGAGUUAAUGUUUGCUCUGAGACAUUGUUGUGUAAUUGGCAUACUUCCUGGCAUUCAUUGUGUGUUACGGUUUACAGAAAACAUUCUCUCCCAUAGUUCUAGUGAAGCCCAUGUUUUCCCCGUCUGAUGGCUGUGUCUGAUGUGAGUCACAGGUUUUUUUACAUGACAACAAUCCUAACAGAGAUAAAGAUUAAUCACCCUGCAGACCACCAACCUGCCCUGGGAUCGUCUUUUGCCUAAAUCUAGCAAAUGUGUAUCAUGCUGUUGCUGAUUAACGUGUUUUGUGCCUGAUAAAUAAAUAACUUCAUCCCUGCUUUGAAACUGUAGCUCAAUACCCAAACUGGCCUGAAGGUGGCUGCUUGUGAUCGAGCAGAAGCGCGUGAAAAACAGACCCUGGAAGGACACUAGUAUGCUGAAUGAAAGCCAGUUUUAAGAGCAACAUUUGCUAGCAUGAGUAAACAUUUCUAAGUCAAUGCAGAAUGUUCCAUAACAUGUGCAUGGCUGUUUGUAAUUGCAGAAUAACAUCAACAAAUUACUCAGCACUAAAUCAAACACAAUUUUAAAGCAGUCUGGUCUUUCAUUUUUUUAAGUAAUAACAAAUUCCAUCAAAAUCACAUUAACUGAUUAAGCGGCUGAAAGGUGAGCUACAAUGACAUCUGAGCCUGGUUCAUUUCAGCAGCCCACACUGUUCAGACGGUGCCGUCAGCUUUGCCUGACUAAGUGAAUGUCUUUGAGGUUGUGUUUCUUUUUGGGUUUGGUGAGUGAUGCUCGAAGCGCUCACGACAGGCCUGCCUGCAGGGUAGCAGGGGUCGGCUGCUAAACUGAAGCCCACUGUCGGCUCUAUUCUAAGUUGAAUGCCAGGAAAAAAAGCUUGAAGGCAUUUUAGUCCUUUUGUCAAUAUUCACACAGGUUUUACUUCACGUCAAGUAAUCGGGGUCAGGUUAUCAUUAACCCACAUUGUGCACUUUAAAGGGAAUGAUUGACCACUAUAUGUAAAGGUCUAUUAUGUGAGAGAAGAGGCUUUAAAAAUUAGGGAAAAGAAGGCCAACACCAUGGGGCAACAUAAACGAGAGCUGACAGAACACAAGAAGUGCACAUACACACAUGAAGCCUCUGCAAACAAGGUCUCAGAGAGAUAAUAAAUAUUUAGAGAAUGCAUUUAUAGGAUAAACGUAUCAAAUAAAAGCAAAAUCUCACACUGCUUCUUUUAACAUUAUGACAUGUAAAAUUGUCUCAUCAAUUUAAUUUAGUACUGAAUGUAUAUACGGACAUUAUGUGUCAAGAUUUGUGGACUUAAAGGGUAACUCCAACAAUUUUUCACAUUAAAGUGUGUGUUUACAGGUCAGUAGUGUAAGGCCUGUUGUGGCUCCAGAGGAAGCUGCAUGCAAUCUUAUAAUAAUAAGUGUAAUGUCACUCAAUGUCUAAGCAUUAAACUGUAAAACUGCCUGACUCAAGAUGGACAGUUUGAAAACAAAUGAUCAAAAUCGAUACAGUAGAGCAAGAGAUAUAACCUUUUCUAUUCCACAAAUUUUUCUUACUUUACGAAACAUUACCCACAAUGCACCCCAGCUAUUGAGUGACAUCACUGGAGGCAAUUGAUCAGAUUAUAUGCGGCUUCCUCUGGAGCCACAAAUGCUUUUAAACCACCCUUACGCACGCAGUCGUACACCCCAAGACCUGUAAACACACUUUAAUGUGGAAAAUCGUUUUCCCCUUCGGUGCAAAUGGCCAAACAGGCAUGGGCAAGGGUCCUCCAUUAAGUGUCAUCAAACACACAGCCAUCCACUCACUGUGGUGUGUUCAACAGCAGUUUGGAUUUGUGUAAAUUUCAUAUCUGGUACACGACUUCAUCAAGGAUACCUUCAUCAUGACCUGCAACUCUCUGUAUCUUACAACGGCACUUUGCUAGAAAUAAAACUUAAGCGCCUUCAAGCAUGACACCAAAAAAAACCUGUCUGUAAACUAGCCCUGAGCUGCCGCCUGUCUGUUGCCUUUGUUGUUUUUCUUUUAAAAUCUCUUGAGGAUGGGUCAUGGAGAUGCUAGCGGCAACAAGCCUUCUGUGAUAAACCCUCUUAAAUUUGUUGCACGAGUAGCAGAGUACAGUGCCAGCAACAAUUUAUCUAAUCCUCACAUGGGAAUUCCCCCUUCCUAACUCUGUCGGCACAAUCAAUAUCUUUGCAGCCACUAAUACACAGAUACGUUUAUCUGCAGAGAUGCAGGAUGGACAGGCAGACGGCUUGUGCAGCUGUGUAACGAUCAAUACAAGGCAGGAAAUAAUGAAAACUAACAGCCCUGUUUAAUGAAAUAAAGUAUGUGCAUGAUAGUUCAGCAGAAGAGACAAUGUUUGAGAACAGUUUCGUGUGUGGUAUAUUCAUGCACAGGGAUGUGGCUCAGUGUGACUUAAAUAAAUAUAAAACAAGAACUGUUGCCGUUAAAUCAAUGGCCUGAGUGAUUCAGCCUGCGCACCUGAAUAUGUCAGCUUUUCUGGAAUGACGACAAGUCCUUCCUCUUUGGUAAUGUGCCUUAAAUAUGUUGCAUUUCCUUUAUACAGUAGCUGUUACAUCAACCUACUUCCUACAAUUCUGUUUCUAUCCAACUGCAGAGGGCAAAUCUAAGGCUUUCCUGUCAAAAAUGCAAUAUGGUACAGUCGACUUUAAAAUUGUGGUUAUGCCAAUCACUCUGCAGUUGACUGUUACAGAUGGGCCGAGGUCUGUCAGAGUUUUGAAGAUUUUACUGCCAGCCUAAAGAAUGAAAGUGAAUCAAUCAACAGGAGAGAGUCUGCAAUUGAGGCACAUUCUUGCAGUGUAGGACCUAACAUCCUCCUGUGUCAGUGCCUUUCCUGCACAAGACACCUGCUGUCUGUACCCUAAAGUGACAAGAGAGCUGCCAAACAGCAAACUUUGUCAGGUUGAGGUACCAAAAAUGUCCAUUUGUGUCUCGCAGGCUAGUCAUGAAGUCAGGUAAUGGUUGUGCAUGGCUGUAUCAUUAUAUGUAGUGGGAAGCCCACACAUCAGUCCAUUGAUUUUAUAGUGACACAAGCCAGAGGUAUGACUCAUUUUCAAAACAAUUUUCUACUAAAACACAAUUUUUUUGAGCCGCAGAAAAAAAAGCUACAAACACAAUCUAGUUCUUAACGAAGAAUGUCUGUAUUUUCAGACAUUCUUCGUGAAGAACAUGAUGUGUUUGUGAGGCGAUUACAUGAAGCUAUUAAAAGUGACAAAACAGUCUUUAAUAAUUUGGUAAAACAAUCAAUCUUUUAAAAGUGACACUUAGUGUUAACAGUUACACUAAAUGUGAAAUUCAUUGUGGAAUAGUUAAUCUGUGUGGGAUUCCUUUUUGUCAUGCUAUUUAAAGCUACAAUGGGCAUAAACGCUUGGGACAGAAAAUGCCCACAACCUGCCCACAUAUUCAAAAUCUGACAAUGUCACCGAUCCAACAACAUAGCCUCACUCAUUAAAAAAGCCUUUUUGCAUUGUUUUGUAAGAGAAAACAAAACGACAAACAGCUUUCCCACAACGUUCCUGAUCGGAGAGGGUAAGAGCAUACAAAUCUCAUUACACUUGUGACUCAGACAGAGAUCUGCCAAGCACAUCUAAUCUUUGAUUGCAUAAAUCUACCCAGAAGCAGAUGCAAACAAAAAAAGUCAUGACUACUUGUGGUCAGAGGUCAUUAAGUGGCAACUUUAGCUGCACCAAAACCCGACUUUAUGGACCCUGAGACCCAAAGGAAGGUUUGGGAAUCUUGGAUUGUUUUAUAACAUUAUGAACUUGUGAAAUCAACCCAAUUGGUGUAUAACAAUGAAGAUUUUAUAUUAGAACAGUGGGUGGUUGAUGUUUUAGUUGCAGAAUGAAACAAGAUGGGGUGCACGACAGAGGGCAUAUGUUAAUUUACAUUUAACAUAUUUCAUGGUAUAAAUAUCUUCGCACUUGUAUGCUACCCUUGUUUUGUUUGUCUUCACUCUUUUGUUAAUACUGUGGAUCUUUGUUUUGUUGAUGUUUAUGCACACAUUGUAUCUUGAGAAAUCUAAAUAAAAUCUUAUGAAAAAAAAUUAAAUGAACACAAAGUAAAAAAAGGAACAGAAAACGUCUCAGGAAAAGGAAGUUGGUUUUUUUGCCGUUGAUUUAGCAUCUUAAAGAAGAACAAGGCAGUUGUCGCAUGGAAAGAGUUAAUAAUGUCUUCUUCCUUUGAAUCUCCCAUUCAGAGAUGCUGGUGUGUUUCUGGUAGGCUGGGGAAACAUUCUUCUAUGAAUGGGAUGGACACUGCUACUAUCACAGUGUGUGCCGACAGUGGACAGCUGCAUCCUGAGAGGCCAUUCAAGAGGAGAGGAGAAAAAAACAUGUGGGUAUUGUAGAGGAUGUAGUGGAAGGUGUGUGAUUUUGUGCAUCUGCUCCUCUGUGUUGUUUAGUGAGUGUGUGCUGAAAGGAAUCUCCACUUCACUGCUCUUCACAGUGACCGGCCAUGCUGAGGAGGGGAGGGGGGAGUGGUUUAAACUCACAGUUAGCUAAUCAGAGGGGCCAUGGGCAGCUCCAACAAGUGGUUUGGGGCUUGAUGAAAGCCGAGCACAUGCAGUCUGGCACUGGUAACCUAAGGGAAUGACACACUACCUCCAAUUCCUGAUUACUUUUUCUCCUCCUACCACUGAGACGCAAUAAAAGGAAUCUGCAGAACCUCACGAGGAUUGUUUACAGUUCGAUGCUGUUGGGGAACCAGUCAUUGAGAGAAGUUUAAGGAAAAAUCCAAGGAGUCACAAUUUUACUGACGUAAAUCUAGGGUAAAAAGCACAACUAUGAAGAUGUUUAAUGUGGACUUACUAGUUUUAAGUUUCUGGCUCGGUCUGGGGACAGUGUACGGUGCCGCGGGUAAGAGACAAUAUCAGAUUCAAAACGGGCCGUGUAGCUACACCUUUCUGCUGCCGGAGCAGGAAAACUGCCAAACUCAGAGCAGCAACUACAACUAUCCAGUUCAAAAGGAUGGACUGGUGGACAACGACGACUCGGCUCAGAGGCUGGAACAACUGGAGAUCACCAUGGAGAACAACACACAGUGGCUGCUCAAGCUGGAAAGCUACAUACAGGACAGCAUGAAGCAGGACAUGGUCCAGAUCCAACAGACCGCUGUACACAACCACACUGCUACGAUGAUUGAAAUAGGAACAAACCUGCUGAGUCAAACUGCAGAGCAAACAAGGAAACUGACCAAUGUGGAGGCACAGGUAAUUCAUCACACAACUCGACUUGAGCGCAGACUUCUUGAAAAUUCCCUGUCAACCAACAAGCUGGAAAAACAACUAAUCGUCCAAACAAAUGAAAUCAACAAGCUGAACGACAAAAACAGCUUUUUGGAAAAAAAGGUGGGGGAUUUGGAGGAGCAGAGGCAAGUCGAGCUGAAGAUGAUUCGAGAGGAAAAGGACCAGCUUCAGACUCUAAUACUGAGGCAGACGGCUAUCAUAUGCGAAUUGGAGCAGCAGCUGCUUAAAGUCUCCUCUAACAACACCUUGCUCCAGCAUCAGCAGCAGGAGCUACUGGAAACUGUCAACAACCUCAUUCACACCAUCUCUGCCGGCUCAGUUCAAGCAGGGAGCAAAACUGGCAUGAUGCAGGACACUCCUACCACAUUCAUGGACUGCACUGCUGUCUUCAAGUCAGGAAACACCCAGAGUGGAGUCUACACGCUCACAUUACCCAACACUACAGUAGAGGUUAAGGCUUUCUGUGACAUGGAAACAGAAGGAGGAGGCUGGACAGUACUACAAAAACGCUUUGAUGGCCAUGUUGACUUUCACCGUACGUGGCAAGAGUACAAAAAGGGAUUUGGAGAACCUUCAGGUGAAUUCUGGUUGGGAAAUGAAUUUGUCUCUAGACUGUCAAGUCUACAGUCAUACAAACUACGUAUUGAGCUGAGUGACUGGGAAGGAAAUUCUGGAUUCUCACAAUAUGACCAAUUUUCUAUUGAAAGUGAAGCACAAAAUUACAGGAUACACCUUAAAGGCUACAGUGGAACAGCAGGCAAAAUAAGCAGCAUUGGGCAGCCAGGAAGUGAUUUCAGUACAAAGGAUGCAGACAAUGACAAAUGUGUUUGCAAAUGUUCACAACUGACAACAGGGGGUUGGUGGUUUGAUGCCUGCGGUCCAUCCAAUUUGAAUGGAAUGUAUUACCAACAAGGCCAAAACUCGAAUCGCUUUAAUGGGAUCAAAUGGUACUACUGGAAGGGCUCGGGCUACUCACUCAAGUCAACGACAAUGAUGAUCAGACCGGCAGACUUCUCAGGUUCCCUGUGAACUGUCAUUCUCAGAGUAAACAAAGUGGGAAGACAAUUCUGCCUGACAACGGACAACAAAGCCAAAAAUGAAACUUCUCAAGGGAGCCAAAGCACUUAAUGAAAAUAUUUUACAUACCUUUGAAAAACAAGUUUUGUGCGUGUUUAUGUGUUAAAGAAUUUGAAUCAAAUGGGUUGUUGCAAAAAAUAUGGACUGUUAAAAUGACAAAUAUCUGCCCUGAUAAUACUUACGACUUAAACUGUCUCUAAAGUAAUAAUUACAUUAAGUAAUAACAGCUCACUAACCAGACUGAGAACAAUGUGACAUUUGUAUAACUUGUUGAAUAAUAGCUGCCUGUGUCAAAAGAGACGAUGGUACAACAUCCAGAUAAACAACUGGCUUAAAGUGAUCAUAAUGAGUUCUGGAAAAGUUUCUGUUAAGAUGCCUUAAAUGUGUAAAAAUGGCACAGAAAACUUUUGUAUUCAAAAAAUCUAUGUUUUUCUCCAGAGAAUGUAUGUACAUUGGUUGUUUAAUUUAUAUGUAGAUUUGAAGGUGGAUAUUUAUCAUUAUCAUGUAAGAUGGAGAUUUGUUACAGAUCUGGAGUGCUAGUUCCUAGCUUGUUAACGAUUUAAUUGCACAUAAACAGAGAGGAAUCGUUUUAAUAUAUAUCUGCAGUACCUUCCCACAUGCUCAAACAUGAUGAUUUUGGAAGUCUUUUGGGAAUGUAUUUUUUUUCUUUGUAUUUAUGAGAAAGAUGUAUAAGUGAGGAAGCUGAAUUUCUCACCAGUAAACACUGGUUUUAGAUUAUUUCUUGUUUGACUUUAAAUCUCUACCAGAUAUUACAAACAUGAAGUCGAAUAUUAAAUAUGACCACAAAGCAAAGAGCUUAAGACAUUUUCCACAAUAAUCC